AAGGAGCUAUUCGUCCUGACAUGUCAUUUUGGGGAAAGUGUCCGCAACGACAGGAAUAGGUCAGCUUCCUCAUGAGCUUCUGAAAACUUUUUCUUAGCCAUGAGUGGAAAGGGUUGCCAGCUUUUGGUGUCUCCGUGCAGCGUGUCCCCGUCACUAAGCAUGAUCAGAGGACACCAGCCCCAGUCCAUCAGGAUGCCCAUGUCUUCCCCACAAUGGUCAGAUUUUAGUCCCUCAUCAAGUAUGGAAAAAGUAAAAAGAGAAGCCAUCCACUCCUUUGCUUCUGGGAAACAGAGCGGAAGCCAUGUUGUCCUGCCAAGCCUGAGCCUCCGCAGACAGGUGCUCACCAACGGGAAGCAUCUAAACAUUACAACUGUAUCCCCACACCAGCAACUGCCUACACAUCAUCCUACAACUAAAACAGUAACCUUACCGACGGGACGCUGCUCCUCUAAUAACAGCUUCAAAGCAGGCUGUUCUGCGUCUGGACCUACAAUAGAAGUAUUUGGUCAGCCAGCUGCCGCUAACCUAACAGUGACCAGUAGUCCCAUGACCAUUCUCACAGGCCAUCGGUAUACUGCACAGCAUCCUCCAUCACAUCCACACAAUGUGCAGAUUCCCCACACUGAUGCCAGAUCCUUACAAUCCAGAGAAUCCCUGGCAUCCACCACCCUCAGUCUGUUUGAAACACAGUCAGUGUUUAGUGGCAAACAGGACUGGUCAUACGGCUACCGUGUGCUUCCUCCACUGGGUCAGUGCUCCACCCAGGCCAGUGAGGGAGGUGAGCAGCUCAGCCUCCCCCCUGGCACGGCUAUGUCCGGCACGACAAUAUCAGGUGGCACUAGCACCUCUGCCUCCCUGCCCUCGUACCUCUUUUCAGCCGAUGCCGGAAGUCCCAGACAGUCUCGUGCUAAGAAGAGAGCUCUCUCCAUGUCGCCUUUGUCGGAUGUCAUGGGUAUUGAUUUCAACUCAAUCAUACGCACCUCACCUACUUCACUUGUGGCUUAUAUCAAUGGUUCCCGCAGCUCUCCAGCCUCCCACCCCACACUCUCACCUGUCCAAUCUGAAGGUUACGGUCACUUUCUGGGUGUGAGAGGAAGCUGCAUCCCACACACCCAUCCCUACAGCACACCAGGCUCUUCGCAGACUCUGGCCCCACACACAGAUUAUGCCCGUAUGCAGAAGCUUGAAGAGGGAGGGGGUCUAGAGAGCCAGAUGGCUAACAUGGUGGUGGACCAGCAGUGCCUCCCAGAGGAAGGGAGGGCACUGGAGAAGACUUCAGAGAGCUGUAGCCAACCCGUCAACAACCUGCUGCCUCCUCCACAACUACAGCCAGCCCUGCUGACUGCCAUCCAGGAAGGUGCUACUCCACAGGGGCCUCCACCACCCUACCACUCACACCAGCACAUCCAACUCACUAGACGUCACUGCAAAAUAAAGCCCCCUUCUCAGGACCCUCAUACACAUCCUCCCAUGGCUCCUACCCGGCAUGGGGUCAGCUUUCUGCCCCAGGUCCCAAUGCUGGAGGAAGAAGAAGGAGAGCUGGAGGACUAUGGGGCCCACUGCUGCAGAUGGUUGGACUGCAGUGCCGUAUAUGACCAAAGGGAGGAGCUGGUAAGGCACAUAGAGAAACUACAUGUGGACCAGCGGAAGGCAGAGGAUUUCACAUGCCACUGGGUGGGCUGUCCACGCAACUUCAAGCCCUUCAAUGCGCGAUACAAGCUUCUAAUCCACAUGAGGGUCCAUUCAGGAGAGAAACCCAAUAAGUGCACGUUCGAGGGCUGCAAGAAGGCUUUCUCUCGGCUAGAAAACCUAAAGAUUCACCUACGAAGCCACACGGGGGAGAAACCCUAUGUGUGUCAGCACCCAGGAUGUCACAAGGCCUUUAGCAACUCAAGUGACAGAGCGAAGCACCAGCGCACACACCUGGACACAAAGCCAUAUACAUGCCAGGUGCCCGGGUGUGCAAAGAGAUACACUGAUCCCAGCUCGUUGAGGAAACACGUGAAAUCCCACUCUACUAAAGAAAGGCAGUUACGGAAGAAGAUGAAAUCUACGGCUGAUGUGACUCAGGACACGCUGACAGACUGUUUAACCAUCCACCCCCUGCAAUCAAGCCUUUCUCCUCUGACAAGGAUAGACUCUUCCCCUGGUGCAUCCCAUGAGUCAUAUUCGGCUGCUUCACAGGGACAAGACUCCUCCAGCGAUCCUCACCUGGCUCUGUUGUGUUCCUUACAAGAUAAUUACAGGUUUGUUGAUCCCUCCCCUCACCAGCAGCGCCCCCCUGGGGACCAGUGUGGGCCCUGCUCUCCCACCUGCCUCCCUCAUCCUCCCCAUGGGACGUCGCUGCCGAACAAGCGAGAUCUAAAGCAGCCCAGCAGGCCUCCCGAUGUAGCAGAUCACAAUCCAGAGUUCUCGGGGCAGAGUAAGAUGCUAUAUUCUCCUCCACAAUAUGGCGGGAUCACAGCACAGACCGGCUCGAGUCACCUGAUACAAGUUGAUGCCUUUGGUGACAGCCUCGCUCCGGCAGUCAAUAAUCCCAGUGGGUUGGCCGCCUCACAAACAGCUCUUUCCUGCAUUACAGGAUUUGAUGUUCACAGCCAGGCACAGGAUGGGGCUCCUAAUCAAGAAGUGCAUGGAGGGGAUUUUUUCAGUGGGAUGGACCACUGCACAAGCCAAGUCUCCUGCAUCUAUACAGAGGGAUGA